GCGUCACACAAUGUGCAGCUGGUGUGUGUGUUUGUAAAAAAAUAUUGCAUUUUUUAUUCAUGUCUGUAUGAACGUUUUCCUCUGUUCUCUUCGCACUGUACGGAGAGAGGAAAUCUCUGAGAAUGGCAACAUUGGCGAUCAGUAGGACUAACCACGAAUAUAUCCAACCAGUGAACGCGUCACAGGACAUCCAGCCUUCCCCGCUCGCCUUACUCGCCGCUACGUGUAGUAAGAUCGGACAGACUCCAGAAGAAACGGUCAGCACAAGUACGACAACUACAGUGAAAUUUGUCGGGCAAAAUGCCGCGGUUGCUCACGGAGAGGUAGUGACUACCAACGCUGGUUUAGUAACCACGGCUAUACAACAACCACAGACUGCGAUCGCCCCUGCAACUAUACAGUUACAAACUUCCCAAGCAGCCGAUGGAAGUCUGAACAUUAAGAACUUUACUCCCCAGUUCGCGUCGUAUGUACAACAACAACAGCAACAACAACAACCGCAGAUUUUCACUACAACGAGUGGUGGAAACACGAUCCAGUACAGCGUUAUACCUCAGUUUCAAACUGUCGAUGCGAAUGCGACGUCGAUCGAUGGCACAAUUUAUUACACUCCGAUUUCGACGGGAAAUCAACAGAUUCUGCGAGCGGCAGCCCCGCCAAACAUGGCCAACUUGACAAAUCUAGCGAACUUGUCCGUCCAAAACAUUGGCGGCGUGCCGCGUGUUUUUGCUACUCAACAACAUCCCAUGACGUUAGCACUGGCCCCGGUGUCGACAACGAACUCUGUGACGAACAACACUGUCAGUGUCGCGAUUGCCACUAGUCAGAAUCAAACAACACCGAUUUAUGUCUCAUCAACGCAAGCAAACUCUCAACCAGCAGCCACCACGCAACAACUAAAUGCUCUAAAUGCUUUAAAUCUUAACACAGUGACAUUGCAAACAACCCCCGACGGUCAGACAGUGAUACAACAACAACCGGCUCCGAUCUUCGUUCGCACGCCCACGGGAGUGAACUGGCAACCCGUGCAGGUGCAGAACUCGACGCAGCCAUUACCACAACAAAUCAUCGCCGCAGCAGCAAACUCUGUUGGUGUCGCCCCCACCGUAAAUGUAGCUACGAUACCGACAUAUAAUGUUGCUUCGACGAAUGGCGCAAUAAAUACGGCUCAGAUAUCGCCAAUGAGUCCCAUAUCCACCGUCAGUCUAAACGCUUUACAGGCCGCCGGAAUAACAGUCGGACAGCAAAUAACCGCUCAGGACUUGAAUGAAUUGACACGAUGGCCACAGGCAACGCAACCGCUUUUUCAGACCGUAACAACGCAGGCGACUGCGCCAUCAGUUGUGGCUGUUACUGCAGCAGCAGCUCCAGUGACAACAACAACCAUUGCGUCACCAACAAUGAACGUCAGCACGCUGAGUCCAACGCAGAUUACACAGCAGCCUCAAGUACAGAUUGCCCAAUCAGGAAAGAGAUUGCGUCGGGUGGCAUGCAGUUGCCCAAACUGUAAUGGCGAGGGAAGGAAUAACAGUGAGGCGGGGAAGAAAAAGCAACAUAUAUGCCACAUACCGGGUUGUAACAAAGUCUACGGCAAGACAUCCCACCUACGCGCCCAUCUACGCUGGCAUACAGGAGAAAGGCCAUUUGUUUGUAAUUGGUUGUUCUGUGGAAAGCGCUUCACCCGCUCAGACGAACUACAGAGACACAGAAGAACACAUACAGGCGAAAAACGUUUUCAAUGCUCGGAAUGUUCAAAGCGGUUCAUGCGAAGUGACCAUCUUUCUAAGCACUUAAAAACCCACCAAAAUAAGAAAACACCAAAUGGUAAACCCCCGCCGAAUGUCAACAAUAAUAAUCUUGGUAAUGGCACUACACUGGUGAACACUGCGGCAGCUUUGCAGCAACAACAACAACAACAGCAGCAGCAACAACAACAACAACUGUUGCAACAACAGCAAGGCCAGGCCAUAACUCAAGUCACCACGACGACUGCAACCAUGCCAACCCCCACCAUUAUCUCUGUGCCAACUUUACAUGAUGGACAUCUUCAAGAAAUUCCAGUAACUGCCAUACCGAUAAUCAGUGCUGUUCCGCAACAAACUGCUCAAGUCGUCCCGGUAACUGAAUCCUUGCCAGGAAAUACAUAAAUACAAUUCUAAAACAAUUUUUUUUUUGAAUUUUCAAUAACGAGCAUCUCACCUAACCUCAGUGUCUGUAAAGUUAAUGUUUUGUGUUACAAUCUAGUUACCUUAGUAACACCUGCAUUACCAUAUCGAGAAGUGUUUUCAUUGUGUUAGUUUAAGGAAAAAAAAGAUAACACGUUGUGUUAGAUAUAUACAAAGAAAUGAGACAUCCGAGUCAUAACAAGAUCAUUGUCAAUUCUUGUGCCUCAUUAAUAAAUUUUUAGACAUGUUUUAACAGAAAUGGUAGAAAUCAUGUAAAUAGUAAUCAUUAUGGAAGAAAACCUUUAAAAAAAAAAUUAUAAUAUCGAUAACCCACCUAAGGGGCUGUCUCAGGCACUGUCGUCUCCCCCUCAACGUGUCUACAAAGUAUUACUUUAUUUGAGGGUCAUCCUCUUGUGUCAAAAUAAUUUAUUGAUUUUUCCACCAUUUGGUUAUUAUAUAUCAACUCUGUCUUUACAGAGGGGUUGCAGGCAGUGCUUGGAAGAGCCCCAUUUUUUUAUAUAGGAAUUUGUGAAUUUGUUAUAGGAUUUUAUUUUUUAGAAUAUAAUAAAAUUUAAUGGUGUCAUAUGGCGGAGGUCAGAAGUGAAAGGUCAAAAUCUAUGCCGAAUGUGUAUAUUUUAGAAGAAAGUUAAUUUAUUUUGUUUUUAGUCAUGUAUGUAAACCGUACAGAAGCAUUUUUAGAAGAAUUAAGAUGCUAUGUACUUCUUGUUCAAUUGCUAUAAUACAAUUCUUGAAAAAAAAAUUGUUCAAACCAUUCAUUUGCAUUGCUUUUCUAAGACUUUUCUUGCUGUAUAGUAGAUCGCCCUCUAUAGUUGGAAACAGCAAUCACCUUGAGGAGAGAAUAGAAAACAAAGAUAUUUUUUAAAUAUUUUUUGUGUGCCAGCAAAUAAUAUAUUAAGCUUAAUAUUUGGCAUCAAUAUUUCAUAUUUUUAUUUGAACUUGUGCCUGAAAUCCUAGAAAAAGCUGCCCAUCGUGACCCUUAAUUAUGGAGCAAGACUACAUCAAUAAUGGUAAUUGUAAAUAGAGGGCAGUGUUUGCAUGUACUUGAGCAGGUUGAAGUGUUGUUGCCGUGGUAACCAUUUUUAUACCUACCUUUUUUUUGUCUGGAUGCUUCAAAAGAUUUUUUCACUGUUAAUGGCUGUUCAAGAUUUAUUGUUUUACUUACGACUGUGAUGCCUACUUUCAGUUCUGCUAUUUGUCAGAAACUUUCUCAAAUGACUGAUAUAUUGAUGCAUAUUUGUAUUUCACUAACAUCCCUAACGUUAAAAAAAAUGCAUCUUAUUAUAAAA